AUGGCUAACAACCGGGACAUCUUGCCUGCCGACAUCAAACCACUAAACUACAACCUUUCGCUUUCGAAUUUACAGUUUUCUGGUGAUUGGAGAUAUGAUGGAAUUGUUCAGAUUACGUCCAAAGUUCAAAAGGAGACCGAUGAGAUCACCCUCAACGUGAAAGAUAUACAGAUAUCGAGUGCUUCCGUUGACAAUGGUGAAGAUGUACAAGAUGUUACCUACGAUGAGAAGAACCAACGAGCUACCAUCAAGCUACCAAGCAAGCUUAACAAGGGGAACACCACAAUCUCGAUCAGAUUCCAAGGCACCAUGAACGACAAAAUGGCAGGAUUCUAUCGAGCUAGAUAUCAGCCAACAGUAGAGGCUGCUAAAGGUACUCCUAAGGACGAUAAGCACCAUUACAUGUUCAGUACACAAUUUGAAGCCUGUGAUGCACGAAGAGCUUUCCCUUGCUUCGACGAGCCCAAUCUAAAGGCGUCCUUUGAGUUCGAGGUUGAGAUUCCCGAAGAUCUGGUAGCCCUGAGUAACAUGCCAGAAAAGUCAACAUCCAAGGGAAGCAAACCAGGAUUGAAAAGGGUCUCCUUUGACAAAUCCCCUGUGAUGAGCACAUAUCUAUACGCCUGGGCUGUAGGUGACUUUACCUAUGUGGAAGCAUUCACGGAGAGAAAGUACAACGGGAAGAACAUGCCAGUCAGAGUCUAUACAACCCGAGGACUGGAGAAUCAGGGCAAGUUUGCAUUGGAGCAUGCUCACAAGACAGUUGACUACUUCUCGGACAUCUUCGAUAUUGAAUAUCCUCUACCCAAGUCCGAUCUCCUGGCUGUACACGAAUUCGCUAUGGGAGCCAUGGAGAAUUGGGGUCUCGUGACUUACCGCACGACCGCUGUGCUAUUCGACGAAGAGAAGUCAGAUGCUCGUUACAAGCAACGAGUGGCAUAUGUAGUAGCACACGAACUGGCUCACCAAUGGUUUGGAAACCUCGUCACAAUGGACUGGUGGAGUGAGCUCUGGCUGAAUGAAGGCUUCGCCACCUGGGUGGGAUGGCUUGCGGUUGAUCACAUUCAUCCUGAAUGGAAAGUCUGGAGUACUUUUGUGGCUGAAGGAUAUCAAACAGCAUUGAGUCUAGACUCUCUACGAUCCUCCCAUCCUAUCGAAGUUCCUGUCAAGAGUGCUCUCGACAUCGAUCAGAUCUUCGACACGAUCUCAUACCUGAAGGGAAGUUCUGUCAUUCGUAUGCUGAGCAACCACUUGACGGUCGAAAUCUUCCUCAAGGGCGUAAGCAACUAUCUGAAGGCACAUUCAUAUGGCAACGCAACAACGGACGACCUUUGGCUAGCUUUGAGUGGUGCAUCUGGACAAGAUGUCAAGACAUUCAUGGACCCUUGGAUCAGAAAGAUUGGCUUCCCAGUCGUCACCAUAGCAGAGGAGCCAGGUCAGAUCUCGAUCAGACAAUCACGCUUCAUCAAGUCGGGUAAUGCCAAGGCUGAAGAGGAUGAGACUUUAUGGUGGGUUCCUGUCGGCCUGAAGACGGGUGAGCCGGCAAAAGUGGUUCACAGUGAACUUCAGCAAAAGCAGGAUACUAUACGAGAUGUGGAUGAUGCAUUUUACAAGAUCAACGCUGAUCAGACUGGCUUCUAUCGCACGAACUAUCCACCGCAAAGACUUACAAAGCUUGCAGCCGCGCGAGACAAACUAUCGGUUGAGGACAAGGUCGGUGUAAUUGGCGAUGCUGCUGCCCUUGCAAUUUCUGGUGAUGCAACCACUACGGCGCUCUUAUCGUUUGUCGAAGGCUUCCAGCAAGAGCAGGAUUACGUUGUCUGGUCACAGAUCCAAAUGUCUCUGGCAAAAGUAAGGGCAGUUUUCUCCGAGAGCAAGAAAAUAGCCGAUGGUCUCAAGAAGUUCACAUUGAAACUCAGCACGCCUGCUGUUGAGAAGAUUGGUUGGGAGUUUCCAGCAGAUGAAGACUUCUUGACAGGACAAUUACGUAAGCUAUUGUUGGCAAUGGCUUCAGGAGCUGGCCAUGAAGGAACUAUCAAAACUGGAAAGCAGAAAUUUGAGUCGUGGAAGGCAGGUGAUUCCAAGGCAAUCAACCAGAACCUUCGUUCUACCGUCUUCAACAUGGUCGUUGCUAAUGGAGGCAAAGAUGAGUACGAGGCGAUCAAGAAUGAGUACCGGGUCACUCAAUCUGUGGAUGGUAAAGAAGUCUGCCUGGUUGCCAUGGGCAGAACCAAAGACUCUUCCUUGGCACAAGAUUUACUCAACUUUGUACUCUCAGACGAAGUACCCGUCCAGGACUGUCACAAUGGACCAAUGGCGGUAGCUGCAAACAACGACACUAGAGGAGAGAUUUGGAAGUUCCUGCAGCAGGAGUGGGAUGGCAAGAUGCAAAAAGUUCGAAGCAGUGCCACAGUCGUUCUGGAUAGAUGGAUCAAGACAGGCUUGAACCAGUUCUCAGAUCGUGAAAUUGACCAACAAAUUCAAGCUUUCUUCAAGGACAAGGACGUUUCUGGAUUCGAUCGGAGUCUGGCGCAAGCUUCAGACAACAUUGAGGCAAACGCACGAUACAAGGAAAGAGAUCACGCUGCUUUGCUGGAGUGGUUGGAAGCAAACGGCUAUGCGUGA